AUGCUACUGAGGAGCGCAUCCACCCCAAUCCUGAAGUCAUUGAUUCCUGCAGCCACAACUGCAAAAGAUUCGCAUAAUGAAGUCCUCAUCACCACUGAGAUUUCAACUACAAAAAUCCCCAGAAUCCCCUCCCUCAAAUCCUUAUCAUCAUCAUCAUCUCCUUCUCCUCCUCCUACCAACAACAGAAAGAGUUUGAGGAGAGCUACGUCCGAUACCAGCAUCUCUGAGAUCCUAAUGCCUCCUCUGCCCAAGCCGAAGCAGAAACCUCGGCAAAUGGUUCCUCCUUCGAUCUCGAUAUCCUCGGGGGAGGAAAAUUCCGUUGCUGCGACAAGCUCGCAAGCCAGCAUGCUUGUCAUCGAUGAUGAGGGGUGUAUUGGAGACGGAAACUGCAACAGCCGUGGCAACGGUGGGCACGGUAAAUUCUCAUCGGAUUCAAAUGAUGAUGACAGAGACGCGGAUGCUUGUUAUUAUCGGAGCAUGAUACAAGCCAACCCUGAGAACUCGCUUGUUCUCAGCAAUUACGCGAAGUUCUUGAAAGAGGUUCGAGGCGAUGUUGCGAGAGCAGAAGAAUACUGCAGGAGGGCGAUUGUUGCUGAUCAGGGAGAUGGGAACGCAUUGUCGAUGUAUGCUGAGAUUGUAUGGGAGAGGAGUAGGGACGCAGAGCGAGCAGAGACGUAUUUUGAUCGAGCUGUUCAAGCUGCACCCGAUGAUUGCUAUGUAAUGGCUUCUUAUGCUCGGUUUCUCUGGGAGGCUGAGGAGGAGGAGGAUGACGACAACGACGAUGACGAGGAAAAGGAAAAUCAAAGCAAAAAUGAAAUGAUGAAAUUGAAAUCUAUGAAUCAGGCUCCACCUUUCUUGUCACCAUGCCAGCCCUCCAUUCGGUAGCUGCUGCUUCAUGAAAUUCUGCUAUUAAUUUGUUAGAUAGUUUGCUAGUUGUAACUCUAGUAACCUGUAUUCAGAAAUAUCUUACAGCUAUCGGUUCUUUCCACCUGAAAAAGGAAAAGAAAAACAAAAAGAAAAUAUUCUCACAGCACCAAAAAAUAAUUAGUCAUCACUUGCUUAUUCUGCGAGUGGCACUGGCUUUCUUCCAUAUAGAAGUAAAGAGGUUGGUCCCUUCUAAG